CAGCUGUCAGCACCCUGCAGCCCAAAGCGAGGCUUGGCACGCAUGCACGUAACCCGGCUUCAGGAAGCGGACCAACAUGGCGGUUUGUGUGGCAGUCAUAGCAAAGGAGAACUACCCCCUGUACAUCCGCAGCAUCCCCGCUGAGAACCAACUGAAGUUUCACUACACUGUGCACACCUCGCUGGAUGUGGUGGACGAGAAGAUCUCUGCCAUGGGGAAGGCUCUGGUUGACCAGAGAGAGCUUUAUCUGGGGCUUCUGUAUCCCACCGAGGACUACAAAGUAUAUGGAUAUGUCACCAACUCUAAAGUGAAGUUCGUGAUGGUUGUGGAUUCGUCCAACACAGCUCUCCGAGAUAACGAGAUCCGUAGCAUGUUCCGUAAACUGCAUAAUUCCUACACUGAUGUCAUGUGCAAUCCCUUCUACAACCCCGGAGAUCCCAUUCAGUCACGGGCCUUUGAUAACACAGUCACUUCCAUGAUGGUGCCAGCGUGCUGAAACUCAUGUCGGUCUGGAACGUGGUGGGAAACAAAGUGGAGACUGUAAAUAAACUGGAUGUGAAGCGAAACAUUUGGGACAGUUUUAGGUUUCUAACUUUCUGAAGAUUGUGACACUGAUCUCAUACCGGAUUCAAUCUGUGGUUUGGCUUGUCUUGUGUUCAUCUUGCCGACAUAACCUAGAGCCCCUAAGCUCUCUUCCUUACUAUAAUUUAAACGUACAUCUGAAACACCUCCGUAUUAAGACCAUGCCCUGAUUGUCCAGUGGUGUCCGUGCGACCCGAAGCCACACAUUAGAAACGUGAAGAGGUGGGUUUCCCAGACUAACUCCUCACUGCCCUGUUUGGUCAGCAGAAGACCAGCGUUGUGUGGGUAGAGACGGUGGGAAUGUUUUAUGGUGGGUAUGCUACAUGCAUGCAUGAGGUUGCCUUCUUAUAUGUGUGAGCACAGUCAGUUUAUUUAAUAAAAAAGGUUU